UUCUGAUCUUACAUCGUGAACAGCUGCUUCCGGACUGAAAGGAUGCGACUGAAACCGAAUGCAAUCUGAACUUGGUAUAAAUCGAGCAGUAGAUAAUGUUUUUCUGAAGUGCUGCUGGACAGAGGAAGGACAUCCACACCAUCAUGUUCUCAACCAGUACACAGAGAAAGUACUGGACCUUCAGUGGUGAGACGGAGCUGGCUGCCACCAGGAGUGAGGCCAACGACAAGUUUAUACAAACCCAUGGCAGUCACAUGAUGGAUGAACAGAAACUAAAACACUUCCUCACUCCUGAAGAAGAGAGGUUGAUCUGCCGGCAGACUGAGCACGUCCUCAAGGAGUUCUGUAACAUUUUUCAGCCUCCCAUGCCAAAGUGUGUCCUGGGGACAGCACUCUGCUACUUCAAGCGAUUCUACGCCUCUACAUCGGUGAUGGACUUCUAUCCUAAGGAUAUCAUGUUGACCUGUGUAUAUCUGGCAUGUAAAGUGGAGGAAUUCAACGUAUCCAUUGGCCAAUUUGUGGGGAACCUGAAGGGAGACAGAGAGAAAUUCUCCAACAUCAUCCUUACUUUUGAACUACUCCUGAUGGGGAAACUACAUUACCACCUCACAGUACAUAACCCCUACAGACCCCUAGAGGGCCUUCUCAUAGACAUCAAGAGUCGUUGUACGCUGAUUGAGGACGCUGAAAAAUUGCGAGCUUACGCCGAGGCUUUUGUGGACAAAUCCGUUGCUAAUACUGACGCUUGUCUUAUAUUCUCCCCGUCACAGAUUGCCCUGGCCGCUGUCUUAACCAGUGCUUCCCAGAUAGGCAAGAAUAUGGACAGUUACGUGACUGAAACAUUACUACACGGUGCAACAUCUGAUGAAAUGGAAAAGACAGUUUACCAGAUAAAACGUAUAAAGUAUAUGGUGAAAUCCCAGAAGCCACUUGAGAAAGAACUGGUUGGACGUGUACAGAAAAAACUGGUGAAGUGUCGUAACCAAGACAACAACCCGGACAGUGAUCAGUAUAAGAGGAAACUACGGGAAAUGUUGGAUGAGGAUGAGGAACAACAGACGAUCAAACGAACAAGAAUCAGCGAGGAGGAAAAGCGACGAGACAAGGAAUUGUUGGGAGUUCCCUGAACUGUGAAGAGGGAAAACAAGAAGCUGUUUAUAAGAAUUUAACAUUUGACAUAUCUGUUUAAAGGACACAUCCAUCCAGAUAACAUCAAAUCUUACAAAUUAAUAUCACAUUCAACCACUAUGCUGAACAGAGGAACAAGGUUUAUUGUCCAAUUUUUUGUCAUCCCUAUUUAAAGGACAGACAACUUUUUCCCACUUUUGUAUUUCAUGGAAAGUUUUCAUAACCCUUAACAAUUACAUGAAAUUUAAGACUUCUGACAAAACCUAAGUAAAAAAAAAUGAAAAUUAUCUCAGCUCUAUAGAAAAAAAGUAGAAUUUUGGGAGAUAUAUUUUGAUAUUUUGCAACAGGAUCCCAACCAAAUCCAUUUUCCUAUUGGACAAAUGCUGUUUGAAUCACAAUUUAAACACAGAAGGAGUUUACUGUGUAUUGAUAUUAUAGAUAGUGCUGUAAUGAUAUAUAUAUUCAACUAGCCACAUUUUCUCAAAAGAAAUUUUUUGAUUAACGUGGCCACCUUAGGAUAUGUUAAAUGUGUUUCUUUAUGUGUUGUUGAGUCUGCUUAUCCAGCGGGGAAGGGACAUUAGCUCUGUUAGUUAGAUCACCGGCCACUUAACCUCAGACAAAGUUCCGAGGUGCAUGGCUCGACGCUCUCUCUACCUAUGUUGGUUUGUGUUACUUCGGAUGCUGAGAAAUAGGCCGGUCGGUCUGCGCUGUCGUGGUUGUGACCUUGGACAAAACACUUUAACCUAAUUGAUGUGGAUGCCAUGUGAGAGACCUCCCUUAUGUUGUUCAGUGAGGUAGUCACCAACUACUACAAGAAGAUCCUGAUCCAAUGACCCUAGCUCUUAAAGGGCGAUAAACCUAACAAACAAGUUUAUCCAGCCCAAAUCGGAAUCAUUCUGACAUUUUAUCAGAUCUUUAUUUCAGUGGGAGGUUGUGUGAAUUAAAAUAAGGAAAAUUAAAAAGAUAUUUAGCAGUAAUUUUUAUCAGAAAGGUGAUUGAACAUACAUGUAUAAGGACAAAACUGGUAAUAUUUGGGAUUUAUCUAUGUAGUGUGUGACUUUUAAUUAAGAUGAAUAAUUUGGUUGCAUUUGUAUAUCGCAUAUUCCUGGUGCAUUGUGGGUAAUAUUGUGACAUUUAUUCAUUUUAGAAGUUUAGUGAUACAAUAUUUUUAUAUAACUUUUGAAGUGUAAAGUUAAGGUAUAUAUAUGCUUCUGUGUGUUUAAGAGUAUCCAAAACCUAUUAUACAGAUCGUUAGCUUACCUGGCUUGAGGUAGGCUUCACACGUACGCAUAUACAUCUAUAAUGUAUCCGUAAGAACACACUCUUGUAAUACAUUGCCUUUAUUUAUAUAUAUAGUAAAUUAGUUAAGUAUGAAUACAUAUAUGUGUGUGUGUGAAUUGAGUUCCUACAUCUAUAUAUACCGUAUUUAUUCUAAUAAACGCCCCCACCCUAAAAAACGCCCCCCCCCCCCCUUUUUUUUUUGGAAAGAAAAAUUCCUCAAUUCGAGAAAAAGAACUUACCGUGGUAUGUAAUUGCAAUUUCAAACGUGGGUGUCAAAAUGUUUUGUCACUUAGUUUUACAAUGUUUUGGAUACAAUUAUAUACAUGUUUCAUGGUGUGAAAUGGGUACACACAACAUAUCUCACAACUUACCGUCUCUGAAAUUUCACGCCCCCGGGGCGUUUAUUAGAAUAAAUACGUUAUAUAAAAUUAGUAAAGUAUGAAUGAUUAAAGAGAAUCCCUGUUUCUGCAGCUUAUCAUGAAGCUACCUAAGUGAGUCCCAACUGUAAUGUCUAAAGGUAUGGAGAUAGCAGAGUUAUUUUUGUUUUGAGAAAUUGAGGCCGAUAUGCUUCAUUCCCCUGUUGAAGUCAGUCUGUGUUCAUUUGUUUUGAUUGUGAUGUUGUGUCACAAAAUAAAAUUGUUAUAUUUGUAUUAAAAAUCAAACAAA